CUCACAGCCGUGCCCGCGAAUGACCCUUGGCUGUGGGUGACGUCAACGCCGUCGACUUCGGGGAGGAGCUACUGAAGGCAGAGAGAGCUGAUACAGAUAGCGGGGUGCAGAAGGCUUUGACUAGAGAGAAAUGAGCGUCCUGCUAAUCGAAGCCUUCUACGGAGGCUCUCAUAAGCAGCUGAUGGACCUCAUAAAUCAAGAGAUUGAAGGCUGCGUUUUGUACACACUCCCGGCGAAGAAAUGGCACUGGCGAGCACGGACAGCAGCGCUGUACUUCAUGCAAGCUAUUCUGCCGGAUGAUAAGUACAGGGUUCUGUUUACAAGUUCAGUGCUGAACCUGGCAGAACUGGCGGUGCUUCGACCAGACCUGGGGAAAUUAAAGAAGAUCCUCUACUUCCACGAGAACCAGCUGAUCUAUCCUGUUCAAAAAACGCAAGAGAGAGACUUUCAGUAUGGCUAUAACCAAAUUCUUUCAUGUUUAGUUGCAGAUAUUGUGGUGUUCAAUUCCGCCUUCAACAUGGAAUCUUUUCUGACUUCUAUUAAAACCUUUCUGAAGAAGAUACCCGACCAUCGUCCUAAGAAUCUAGAAGAAAUCAUUAGACCAAAAUGCUGCGUCCUUUAUUUUCCCAUGACUUUUCCAGACAUCAGUCAGUUUCUGCCGGAACAUAAACGUGUAUCCCAUACCCUAGCUGAUAACAUGUCAUCUAUGGAUAUCAGUCAUUGCCCGAAGACAUCACUCCAGGCAGAGAACAUGUCUGUGGAAUUCAGUCAUGACCAAAUCCAGUCCUCUAUUGGAGAGUCAUCUGCUGAACAAGAAAGAGCAACAAUCUCUGAAAAAAAUAUUUGUGCCAGUGGCGAUCCUGUGAUAUUAAAUGCAAGCAAUACUUUGGCUGGAGAUAUUCGUCAGAAAAAGCCCUUGCAUAUUGUGUGGCCCCAUAGAUGGGAACACGAUAAAGACCCAGAAACGUUCUUUAAAGUGUUGCUGAAACUGAAAGAAAAGGAGCUGACUUUUCAUGUAUCGGUCCUUGGAGAAACCUUCACCGACGUACCAGAUAUAUUUUCUGAAGCCAGAAUAACCUUGGGAUCGUCUGUCUUGCACUGGGGCUAUUUAGCCAGCAAAGAUGACUAUUUGCAAGCUCUCUGCAUGGCUGAUGUGGUCGUUUCGACGGCUAAACAUGAAUUCUUUGGCGUGGCGAUGCUGGAAGCCGUGCACUGUGGCUGCUACCCCCUGUGCCCCAAAUCCUUGGUCUACCCCGAAAUAUUCCCAGCGGUAUAUCUGUAUUCUUCACCUGAACAGCUCUAUAGAAAACUGGAGAAUUUCUGCAAGAGGCCGGAUGUUGUACGGAGACACCGAUUCCAGGGGGAUACGGCACGCUUUUCUUGGGCAGCGCUACGUGGUGAAUUCAGGUCUUUGCUCGCCGCCGAACCAAGGGAAGAUCUGUGACAGAUGGGGCUAAGUCACAAAACUUGCAGCCUAAGGCAGAAUUUGUAGAACUUUCCAGAGCGUGCCCAUAUUUACCUGAUCAGAGAGAAAAAGAAAAUCUGCAGAGGAAGCCGAGCCUGGCUGCUUGUCAUAGCUGACACAAAGCCAUCUGCCACAAACCUGUGGCGGCUUCAAAACUCCAGUCCCUGCCACCACCCUCACUCAAAUUAAAUACAGAUUCUUUGAGACGGUUACACAUGUCCUCGGAAUCACAUGCAGGAGACUGCUCGAAAGAAGAAAAAAAAAAUAUGUGGCCUGUUGUAUAACCGCACUCAUGUAUCCCAUAUGUAGUGCCACAUUGAAUUUCCGGUUGGAUCUGUUUUUAUCCUUUGUACUGGAUGACAUGGUGCCUGAAUUCUUUCUUUUCGCCGACGCGAUGGCAGCCAAGCUGAAGCUUCAAACGUUCACACUUGGCUGGGUUUCUACCUAGGUUGCCAGGUUAUCAUCCGAGCCUUAUUGUGUCCUCAAAGGGCCACAGGGCCUGAAAGGAGGAUCAGAGUGCUACUGGGCUAAUUGGGCAGCCAGCCAUGACUUGUUUGCAGGCAAAGGGCUGCUCUAGCACUUUCUCCCUCUAUCUAUUUUGCAAAUUAAUGACUCCCUGGCACCGAGGUUUUUAAGUGAAGGUAUUAAUAAGGGGUCUGGCAGGUAUUCCCAGGAUCCACAGAGUUACAUUUGCAUUUAAUUAAUCUUAAAGAAAGCUGCAAGAUAAACAGCUGUAAUUCAGGCUAACAGGGGAAAUACGUUAGCCGGUGCCCUCUCUCGGAGAGCAAGCAGGCAGAUAGCAGGCAGAGAGUGGGGUCUCGGCACCUCUGUUCCUUACUGGAGAAUCACUGCUCAGCCUUGUAACGUUUGCACGUCCAUUUCUCGUGGCCCUUGAUGUUUUACAGAUUGGAUACUUUUUCAAUAAAAAUAUAAGCAUUUUAGGCAAAUGUUAACAAAAAUCAUUUUAUUCUUCUAUUUGCUUUUAUAGCUUUGAAAUAAAAAGCGAAAUACAUA